AUGCCGCUCAUCGACCCCGUCACGAUGUCCUCUACCACUGCCUCGCCCAAGGCUUCUUCGCCAAUUGAAGUCCUGCCCAAAGACAUCUCACGAAUAGUCUCACAAGCUCACCCAGCUCUCCUACUAGCAGCUUAUUACAUGCGAUUCCCAUCAUUCGUAGUCGACCCUGUAUCAACACUGCUCAGUUCACUGCUACCACUAGCAGUAAUCCAAAUCGGCUACACGGUCAUUUGUCUUCCUCCGGCAGGAACAAGUACAAAGGCUACGAAAAAACCAAAGCCUGGAGCGAGUAAAAAGGGACUUGAAACACCUACCUCAGGGCCAUUGACAGCAUUCAUCGCGCUGACUCUCACAAUUCUUUCAUCCCCCAUUCUUUUCGCGAUCCAGAUCCUCUUCGGCGCACCCCUGACCACGCAUCUCCCCCACACAAUCCUCUCCUCCUUACACAUCGCGCUUCUCACUAUCUUCCCACUCGUAUACGUGCACGGAACCGAUGCAGGGAAAUGGCGGGAGAUAGCUUCAUUCUAUAGCCCCAUUGACGAGGUGUUUGGCGGCGCUGUUGGAUGUCUGUUAGGAGCUUGGAUGGGCGCCGUGCCAAUCCCAUUAGAUUGGGAUAGGGAAUGGCAAAAGUGGCCGGUUACGAUUGUAACAGGUGCUUAUAUGGGAUAUGUUGCGGGUAUAUUGGUUGGAGCUUGGCUACUAAAGGGGAAGAGGAUCGAGCUCGAUUAA